AUGGGAGGACAUCUUCAACGCAUCAUCUGGCGCAUCAUCGACGCAUCCAUCAUAGUGCGACACACGCAUUCAAUUUUGUUAGGUGAAAGCAACUAUCUCAGUGCCGGUGCCAGUAAUCAAGUCAAUUUUAACGGGUUUAUUUAUCGUUCUGCGUUCGUCAUGCCGAAAGUUGACAACGAGGACGCCGCGUCGCUCCAGCGCAGGCGCAAAAUGAUUAUCGCCGCGUGCACGCGCAUAUGUACAUUUACGGAAGCUAUCGCGUCCGUUACGCCGUCAAUCGCGGCUCAACUCGGAGAGCGAUGUGCUAAACUCGACAGGUACUGGACAGAUUAUGAUAGCGUUCAAACAAACUUAGAAUUAAUCGACGAAUCCGAAGAAGCACAUCGCGCUCCCUUCGAAGACUUUCAUUAUGCUUUAUGUGCUCAAAUACGCGAAUUGCUCUAUCCCGCGACUGCACAACGCGUCGCGGCCUCUCCGUCACGGUGGUCUUCUAGUGUCGUCAGCCGCGAGUCUUUCGGCCACAUAAGGCUACCGAAAUUAGAAUUACCGAAAUUUUCCGGGAAAUAUGACGAGUGGUGCCCGUUCUUCGACAGUUUUAAUUCUCUUAUACAUGAAAACGCGUCGUUAAGUCCUGUUCAAAGGUUGCAGUAUUUAAGAGCUUCUCUCACCGGAGAUGCAUUCAAAGUAAUUAGCGCGCUGGAAAUUUCCGACACAAACUAUCAAGUAGCAUGGGACCUUUUGAAGGAACGAUACGAUAACAAACGCGCUAUUGUGCAGAGUCAUAUACAAGCUAUUUUAGAUUUGCCAACCAUGGCGAAAGAAAACGUCGCUGAAUUGCGUCAGAUCACGGAUGGUGCUACUCGACAUAUUCACGCCCUUCAGGCGUUAAAACGCCCCACAGCGCAGUGGGACGAUUUACUUGUUUAUAUUUUAAGCAAUAAGCUCGACGCGCUCACAUCGCGAGAGUGGCAAUUGUCAUUGGGCGAGCAUCUCAUCUAUCAUUGCGAAAAGCUCAUAGCAUUACCCGUUCCGCAAAGGAUUGCGGAAAUCAAAAAGCGCAAAAUUUGUAUUAACUGUUUACGAUCGGUGGAUCAUACAUCAAAUAAAUGCCCUUCUGGCAAUUGCAAAAUUUGCAAGGCCAAGCAUAACACGUUGCUUCACCUUGCUGCUGCCACGUCGGUCAAGUCCGACAUCUCCGAAUCAGGUGAUCGUGGAUCAGUAGACGCGCCGGCUCUAGCCACCUCUCCUGCUCCCGUUGUCAUGAGCGGUCUCGCGACUCCGGAUCGCAGCGACGUCAUGCUCUCGACCGUUCUCGCUUAUGUUUACGACGCAAACGGUUGUCGCAGAGCAUGCCGUGUCUUAUUAGAUUCGGGCUCUCAGAUUAACUUUAUCUCGCGGCACCUCGCAGACGCUCUCGAUAUUAAAACACGUUCCUCGGACAUUUCAAUUUCGGGAAUAAAUAAUGUUACCACGCGAGCUUUCCAAGCGGCUGAAAUACGGCUGCACUCGCGCACGAGUUCAUUCAGCAUUCUAGUCGAUUGCAUUGUUACCGAACAUGUAACCGGCAAACUUCCGGCUUUCACGCUUAAAAGAAAUGCCUUCGAAAUACCGGCUAAUCUCGAAUUAGCCGAUCCGCAGUUCCACGUCUCGUCUGAGAUAGACGUUUUAAUCGGCGCGGAACAUUUUUGGAGCUUGCUCUGUAUCGGUCAAAUCAAGGCAACGCCCUCACAUCCUACCUUACAGAAGACACGCUUCGGGUGGAUAUUGGCGGGUCGAUUGCACACUGCACCGAAAGCAGCUUCACAUGUGCACUCUCUUCAUGCUUCAAUAAGCAACAAGCAGUUGCACGAGCAAUUAUCUCGUUUUUGGGACGUAGAGAACAUCUCGGCGGUUUCCAAUCAUUAUACCUCAGAGGAAGCUCACUGUGAGCGACAUUUUUUAGAAAACAUGACUCGAACCGAUCAAGGCAAAUUCAUUGUCAAACUUCCCUUUAAAGAGUCCGAGCCUGACGCUUUCGUUAACUCUAGGGAGAUCGCCUUAAAACGCCUCGGUGGCAUUGAAAGGCGUCUUAGCCGCGACUCGGAAUUAAAAACGCGAUAUUCGCAAUUCAUAAAUGAAUACAAUACACUAGGUCAUAUGAAAUUAAUUUCCGACCCCCCCGAGGAUCCAAAGUCCUUCUACUUACCGCAUCAUUGCAUCGUUAAGGCGCCCGCCGCCAAUAAAUUUCGCGUUGUCUUCGACGCCUCCGCCAAGGACGCGGCUGGCAUAUCAUUGAACGACACGCUUAUGGUCGGUCCUACCGUACAGCAAGAUCUAUUUACUAUACUGUUGCGAUUUCGUACACAUCGUUUCGCAUUUUCGGCCGAUAUCGUUAAAAUGUAUCGCCAAAUUCUAGUGCAUCCGUCACAAACACGCUAUCAGCGCAUUCUUUGGCGAGAUGAUUUCACUUCUACAGUGGCAACAUACGAGCUUUCCACCGUAACAUACGGUACCUCUUCCGCGUCGUUUUUGGCCACGCGAUGCCUCACAUGGUUAUCCGAGCAUUACGCUGGCGAUUGGCCUAAUGGCUCCAAAUGUGUCGAGCGCGACUUCUAUGUUGACGACAUGCUCACGGGAGCCGACACGAUAGACGAGGCAUUAAUAAUACGCGACGAAGCAAUUAAGGUAUUACGUUGUGGUGGCUUCGAGCUUGGAAAAUGA